AUGAAGACUUAUUUAGAUCUCGUUGAUGAGUGCGAUACAUUUCCCUACCCAGAGAAAGAUGCUACUGCUCACUCAACUCUAAGCUCCACCUUGUACACCCUCAUCCACGAGGCCACCACAUCCACCACCUACCCUCUAGGCUACAUCACCCUUCCCAUCUACCGUGCUCUCCUCAAAGUCCCCACCAGCAUCAAAGGAGAAAUGAGCAUCAACCAAUCUCAACGUACCAUAUCCCUCUUCACGCAAGCCACCGAGCCCGAACGCAGUGCCGCCGUUGCAGCAACAUGCGAGUAUUGGCGCACUAACAAAACCUUCGAAGUUCUAUCCGGCUGGCGUGAUGAGCUAUAUCCCGUCUAUGGUCCCGGAAAUGAAGUACUCUGGUCCAUUGAACGCAGCGCUUCGGUUUUGUUCGGUAUUCUCGGUUAUGGAAUUCACAUGAUGGCAUAUGUACGCUGUCCCGAAGUGAGAUAUGGCUUGAAAUUGUGGGUCCCGAGACGUUCGGCGACAAAACAGACAUAUCCAUCUAUGUUGGACAACACAGUCGCAGGAGGAAUGUCUACGGGAGAAGAUAAAUUCGAGGCUUUGGUGAGAGAGUGUAUGGAAGAAGCCAGUUUCCCAGAAGAUGUUGUGAGGAAAAAUGCAAAGGCUCAUGGCGCUCUUACGUACUUCCAUGUACGGGGAGCCACUGCUGGAGGAGAAACGGGUUUGAUGCAGCCUGAAUGCGAAUACAUUUACGAUUUGGAGUUGCCUGCUGAUGUCAUUCCUAAGCCAAAUGAUAGCGAGGUAGAACAAUUCUACCUUUGGACAGUAGAGGAAGUUCAGGAGCACAUGAAAAUGGGAGAGUUCAAAUCCAAUUGCGGAAUUGUUCUAUUGGACUUCUUCAUCAGAUACGGCAUAUUGACAAGGGAAAAUGAGAGCGAUUUUGAUGAGAUCAACAGCAGGAUUCAUAGAAAUUUGCCAUUUCUAGGACCACACAAUAUUUGA